AUGGGACUUGAUCGCGAUCAGCGUCGAUUUUUCCUCUUUCUACCCCUUGCUGGCCUCGUAAUACUUCUUUUCAGUCUUUCCAUGCUCUCUGGUGCGGAUGUGCGUUCAAAAGUGCAGAAGAUCCCUAUACCAGGUCUGAAAAAUAAGCCUGGUUCAGAUUCCUCAAAAUCGCCGACGUCGCAUCCAGACCAACAUCCUAUAGCUGCGCUUAUGAAAGAAGCGGAUGAAGCAUUCCGAAUAUACGAUGAAAGCAGAUCAAAAACUUUCAAGGAAACUGUGUCAAAGUAUAGAAGGAAAUAUGGAAGGCACCCGCCGCCAAAGUUCAGGGAUUGGUAUAAAUAUGCUCGAGACAGGAACGUUUACAAUAUCGACGACUUUGAACAAGUUAUGGAUGAUCUACGGCCAUUCUGGGGAGUCGAUCCCGCCAUCAUUCGGUCUCAGGCGGCGCAUCUUCAUGCCAAUCAUGAUGAUGGUAUUUCUGGGAUUCACAUACGAUCUGGGAAAGUUUGGAAGUUGAGCAACGAAAACUGGAGAGCAGAAACUAUGAAAGAAAUGAUUGAACCCUUCGUCAAAUUUUUACCAGACAUGGAUCUUGCCAUGAACAGGCUAGACCAGCCACGCCUAGCAAUACCAUGGAAUGAUCUUCAAGUUCUCCUUGCUAACGAAACGGCUAGCAGAAUCAUGUUGCCAGAAGCUGUUGCCGAAUUCACUACAGAUAUGUCUGGAUUGUGGCAGAAGGGGGCAACUGCUUUUCAAGAAGGGGAGACUGAACCUUUAUUGAAGGAUCCAGAGUGGUUUAGAGCACCUGGCCGACAAUACAUGUUGAUCGCAAAAGAAGCUUGCCCUCCGGAAUCCCAUGCCAGAGACUCAAUGUCUAAAGCCGCUGCAGAGGCCACCUAUAAAAGUCCAGAGGGAGGAUUUAUUACAAAUUUUAACCUUUCUUCGGAUCUCUGUACGGUCGGUCCUGAAAUUCAAGAUUUACACGGAUUUUUAUAUGCAAGCAGUACAGUAACGGCCAGCAAGCUGCCGUUACCUGUAUUUGGAGAAUGUAAAGUCAAUAUCAACAAUGAUAUUCUAUUCCCUGCAAAUAAAUACUACGAGUAUGAUGAUGCUCGAUACGCCUACAACCCAGCAGGUGACGUUGGUUGGGAUGACAAGGCGGACAAUAUGAUUUGGAGAGGUGUCACUUCUGGUGGAACUAACACUGCAGAGACUUGGAAGAAUAUGCAUCGUCAAAGAUUAGUUCUGCUUACCAAUGGCACCGUCAUGAAAGAUACUAAUGUGAAUAUCAUGGCCAUGGAUCCCUAUACUCCUGGUACAUAUAAACCUUACGAUCACUUUCAACCUAGCGAAUUCGCCACUAAACAUACGGAUGUUGGGUUCACGGAAGCUGCUUCCUGCGUACCAAACUGUAGCUUCUACGAUGAUGUCUGGACCUACAAGCCAUCUGUAGAACUUACCGACAAAUUCAAAAGUAAAUAUCUCAUCGACGUCGACGGUCAUUCAUUCUCCGGACGUUGGCAUGCAUUUCUUAAAAGUAAGGGUUUGGGUAUCAAAAGCACUAUCUUCAAAGAAUGGCACGAUAGUCGAUUAUUUCAAUGGAGACAUUUUGUCCCACUAGAUAAUCGGUAUGAUGAGUUGUACAGUAUACUUACGUAUUUCAUAGGAUUAGGGGAUGCAGAUUCGAAAGGAAGAGAUGGAAAGCCGUAUGUACAAAGACAUGAUUUCGAGGCAAGAAAGUUGGGGAGACAGGGAAGCGAAUGGGCGAACAAGGUUUUGAGAAAGGAGGAUAUUGAGAUCUAUCUCUUCAGACUUCUAAUCGAAUACGCCCGUAUCAUCGAUGACAAUCGAGAUAGGAUAGGAUACUCCGGGGAUGGAAGUGAGUUGGACAAAUACGAUAGUAAAAAUCCGGUUACUGGGCAACACGGGUAA